AUGGCCAAGGAUAAUUUUCCAGACUCCUGUAUCUUUCCAGAUAUUAUGGACUGCGUGGCCAACCCGCCAAAGAAGAAGAAUUGGAAUCCCAGUGACUUGAAGUUGGUCAAGGAAUGUCACUGUGUGCAACACCGCAGUGAGUGCUCCUUGAACCUGGGCGAGAACGACCUCGGGAUCAUUGGGGCACCCUGCAUUCUCUUCUCCAAGUACGGCCUCCGUGAGGGCUUCAAGACCAAGAACAUCAAGGUCAAACAGGCACAUGAUACUGCAAUGGCAUUCCAGCAGAAGACCCCAAUUUCCAUUCACGAGAAUGUCCCAGACUAUGCAGAGGCCGGUCUCCAUUUUCUGAUGCUGUGCCCACGCCAGUUUGGGCACCCGAACCGAAGGCUUCGAGUUUGGCGCAUCCUGUACGACAAGGACUCGAGGAAGUGGGAUUGCCCUUAUACUUUGGGGGAACUUGCCAACCUCCUCUUGGCACCCCUGGAAUCCAAAUUGAACCUGGAUUUCAAUGCCUAUCUUUGUGCUUCACCUUCGGAGCUUCAAGAGCACAACAUCAAAGAGCAUGAACUUUCAGAGUCACAGAAGAAGCAUUUGCAGAUCUUCCGCAAGGUGCGUCCUGACAAGGCAAUCUAUGACUUGAGCGCGAACGCCCUCAAGAGAUGCCGCACAGAGACAGUGGACCAGUGCAUGCCCUGCUUGACCACAAGUUCACAGCUGUGGUCAGAGAAUGCUGGGCGCCUCAUGCUUGGGAAGGAGCAAAUGCACAUAUUGGGUUUUCCAUGCAUUGCAGAAGCAGCAAACGCAGCUCGAGUUGAUUAUGUCUACUUGGACCACAUCUCAGAGUCCUCCCUCCGAAGCAUCUCUGGCAAUGGCAUGAGCUUGCCAUGUGCUGGUUUCAUUAUGCUCAUGACAGUGCUAUGCGUGUCACAUCGCUAGCUAGAUCUUUGAUGGCAGUUUUUUUGUGUACCAUACAUAUUAAUUCGGCACCUGAAGCGAUUGAAGCAACAGCAAC